UCUCUCUUGCUUUUUGCAGUCUUCUUUGAGGAUCUCGCCGUCUGUGCCCUUCCUUAUGUCCAGUAUGCAAAGGGAUCCUCUCAAGCUAGCUCUGGGCUCUCGUAUGGACCACAGCAGCUCACCUCUUACCCCACCACCCAGUGCCACCCCAAGUGGUGGUCUGUCCCACCGCUGGCCUGGUGCCUCCAUCUGGCCCAACUGGGACCUAAUGAAGACCCCUGAGAGCCCAUUCAGCAUUGAAAGAGAGGCCUGGCUUCACAGACAGGCAGCCUCAAUCAAUGAAGCUACCCUUUACAUGGAGUGGAAAAGUUGCCCCCAGACACUACCAAAAUCCCAUUUACUCCUGCAAGGUCUUUUUAGGGGGAGUUCCCUGGGACAUCACUGA